UUAUCCCACAGGAUUCCCAUCAACUACCUACUGGUAAACCUGGCAGCAGCAGACAUCUGCUACGCCACAUUCAUAAUGCCGACGAUAAUCUUGAGCCACAAUGUCGGCCAUCCAACGGGGAUUGUUGGAACAUUUCUGUGUGCAAGUAUUACUGGGGGAAGUUUCGCGUGGAUUGGAGGACUUGCCUCAAUGUUUACACUGCUUGUUAUUGCGUUUGAACGAUACUUUGCCGUAAUACAUCCCUAUGGAAACAGAGGAAAGCUAACUUUUCAGGAAUUGAAGGUUUGAUACUUUGAAAUACUAUUUUAUGCGUAACACCGCCCUCGAUUAAACACCGCAGAUGGAAGCAAAACUACCAAUAAACGGCGCCCUCGAAUAAACGCCGCACCUCAUCAGAAGAAUGAGGCGUUUACUCGAGGAAGAGAAAAGUCGGUACAACUUGGCAAUUUACACCAUCCACACAUUUACAAUUCUACCUCAGCAAAAUAAGACAGACAUUGAAACCUUUCAAUUGAAUAGUAUAUUUACAAACGAUUUACAAUAACUGUUUUCAUUCAUUUUAAAAAAGUGAUUUUGAAAUAAACGCCACACUCGAAUAAACGCCGCAUCGGAAACGCUAAAAAUUUACUAAACGCCGCGGCGUUUAGUCGAAUAAAUACGGUAUUCGCAAAUUCUCCUCCGGUACAAACUUAGAUGAGUUUCCACGGCGACAGCUCUCUCUUCCCAAUCAAAAUAGCAAUAAUCGAAAAAGAGCAGGCGCGCAGUGAACGAUGGGAAGACAGAAAAGGAGGAAAGCCCAAGGAAAGCCUCGCUUCCCCUCUUUCCCUUCCCAUCCUCCGCCGCGCGCUUUCAUUUUCCCUCGCUCCAUCCUCCCUACGACACAAAGAGGAGGAGAAAAGAGCGACGACAAAACCAGCUUCUUGGUUGAUCUAUGAUUCAUCUCUUUCUUAAUUCUUUUAUGUCUCUUUAGGUGAUUAUUCCUGGAAUCUGGAUCCUUGCAAUAAUGGAUAAAAUUCCAUUAUUCAUGAAGCGGAGCCGCUUUGUUGAGGAGGAUAGUUCCAUCCCUUGCAUUUUCUUGUUGUCCAAAGAAAGCAUAAGAAAAUACCGCACGGUUUAUCUCUCAAUCGAUUGUCUUGUCAUGACCCUGCUGGUCUUGAUCUACUCCAGAAUUGUGUACACAUUGUGGUUCAAGCAAAGCGAUAAUGCCGUACUCACAAAUCAGCAACAGGUAAGACCUUUUGCUUGAUGUAAGUGAAUCUAAGACAGUCUUGGAUUCUGGAUUCCAGGUACUGAAUUCCAGAUUCCUUGAGCUGUAAUGACUCCAAAGCCCAGGUAACCAAAUUCCACAAGCAAAAAUUUCCUGGAUUUUAGAUCUGGAUUCCUUUACAUAGGGCCAAAACCCUUAUCACGACAAAUUAUUCGUCUGAGGGCUACUCAACAUAGUUUCAUAUGGGGAGGCUCCGUGAAGGUUCAGCCCUUUACCCUUUGACAGAAGAGGCACCCCUUUCGCAUUCCCUCCAUUGAAAAAUAUAACCCCUCUAAAAUAGCCACUAAGUAAGAACAAAUUACUAAAACUGGCCUAUUUUAUUCCAUGGCGGUUUUGACUAGAUAGUUCUGGGACCAACAAAUAAAAUGUAAAGUCAGACGCGCCUGUUAACGUCUGGUGCUAAAAUAAAGAGUUUAAGUUGGCUGAAGGUCGGACGUCAAGCCGUUAUGUUCGACGUUACGAUUUAUGCAACCAAGCGCCCUCAGUUAUUAGCUCGAUUUUUUGGAAAAUUGACGGUUUCUACCCAUCCCUAAGUUAUUAAUAGCCCACGUUCAAUAUAUUAUAAAAUUCUGACAUGACCCCGAGGCUAUAGGCUCAAAAUUGCAAUUUUUCACGACUCUAUUGUCUCGCAAUUCCUAGAAGAGAAAUGAACACAAAGAAAACCAAACCAAGUACAGAGAAAUGACCAGAAAGCAUCGGUUUUAAUAUAUCGAACGUUGGGCUUUUAAUUCUUUGGAUCUCAGAUACAGUUUUUUUCUCAACUAACUCGUGAGUUGGGAAUGGUUUGUUAUUGUGUUGGUGUUUGGGUUGGGUAAAUAGGCCUAGUAAGGGAAAUGGGGAAGCCGGUCGUUUCGAUACAAACUCGAGCAGUGAAAUUGCACAAAAAUUUUGUCCACUUCACUGCAUGCUUAUAUCAAAGAUCAGCUAUAUCAGUAGCCUGAAAAAGCUCCAGUCUUUCAGAACCUCUGAUUUAACCCCAUGGGUCGCAGUUCUCGUCUCUUGUUUACGCAACAGUUUCCAUUGCUAACUUUGUUUAUUCAUUGUUUUCAUUAUCAAAAAAUCGUGAGGUCUUCCGAGAGCUGUAAGGUCGCACAGCUAUAUUUUAAGCUUGGGCGACCUGUAGCUUAUCAAUCGUUUUGUACACAGGGUGUAUUGAGGUUGAGGAAGAGAGUGACCUUGAUGGUUGUAACCGUUAGCGCCAUUCUUGUAAUCUCUUGGGGAGCAGAUGUGAUACUCCAUAUGUUAGAAGAACAUGCUGCUGGCUCCGUGAAACUGAGUCCUUUAGCUAUUCCUAUCGCGCACACGAUGCUGAUGUUCAACUCUGCUAUAAAUCCCUUUGCAUACGCUCUGCUGAACCAAAGAUUCAGGAAAAAGAUGAGGCAGAUGAUACGAUCACGUUUCUUUGCAACAAGGGUUGGUGCUAUGUCCGUGCGACGGGGUGAACCACAGGAUAACGACACUGGUCACACCACUGGCAGCAUUCCGAUGACACAGCAAGACCAACUGAGUGAAAGGGCGGGGAUAAUUUCCCAGGAAAAUGUGUAUCGAAAGUAA